AUGGUGUUUAAGAGGCUGCGUAGACACAACUUGAAGUUUGUCCCCAAAAAGUGUUUCUUCCUCAGGAGGUCUUUAAAGUUUCUUGGCCACAUUGUUGAUGAGAAUGGUGUCUCAGCAGACCCCAGCAAGGUUGAGAGCAUCACCAACAUGGCAAGCACUGAUCUCAGGGAGUCUGAUGGCGUGACUCCGUCCCAGAAGCGCAUACGCUCCUUCUUGGGGAUGGUAAAUUACUAUCAACACUUCGUGCCGGGUUACUCUGCAAUGGCCAAGCCGCUGUGUGACCUGUUAAAAGAGGAAAGAAGAGAUGUCAAGAAAUCGCACACAACCCCCUACCACCCAAUGGGGAAUGGGAGUGUGGAAUGUUUCAAUCGGACCCUGGGUGGCAUGAUUCGAGUGCUGCCCCCUGAAGAGAAGGCUGACUGGCUGCGACGCUUACAGACUCUGACGUUCAUGGUGUUCCAUCUAAAUGAGUCCCCCGGGUGCCUGAGCACCAAUUUAUGGCAGAUGAGGCAAGAGAUGCACGCACCUCCCUAG